AUGGCGGGGGGACGAGUAGAUAAUACUUCUAAUCUUUCUCAAGAAGCUCCAAAAAUUUCAAAAAUUGUUGAAUCUCUGAAGCAGUAUGAAGUCUUUAAGUAUUCUGCAUAUCGUACUGCUUACAAAAUACGGACAAUUCAGAAAGCAUCAAAAUUGCACAUGAUUGAUCUCUCACUAGUGAACUCCGUAUUCAAAGAUUAUGAAAGUGGCAAUCAGUCGAUAAAUGAAUUAAUAUCAGCUGAAAAGGCAGAAAAUCUCAUUAGUACCUUGUAUGUUGAAGCUGGUAAAAAGGUUGGAUUUGCUGAAGAACCUAAUGUUAUGAGCCGCCUAUUUCUUUCAUUUUUGCAGAACACAUUUAUUGAAGAUGAAAAACCUCUGCAUUUGGUGCAACUAAAGAUAACACUCACCCUUUUUGCUGCUGCAAAGCUUUCAGAAAAAUAUAAGUAUCUGUUUCAUCACUGCUCUACUGGGAAUACAAUGAGUAAACAAAAUUUGAAGCUACUUCUCAAAUCAUUGUCACAACUAGCAGAAGUUGUUGGCGAGCAAGUGACAUUUGGAUCUCAUUUAGUAUCGACUGCAGUCAGGCACUGCCUGAAAUUUUGCAAAAAUAAAGUUACUGAAAAGAGGUUUAGAAAAUGGCUCUCCCUUGAACCACAAACUACUGUUUGGAUCUCAACUCUUCACAGAAUUGCUGUUUCCGAAACAAUUCUUCACCCGGUUUGCUGUGAUUUUUGUACAGUUAAUCCUAUUCAAGGUUUAAGGUACAGAUGUCUGCAUUGCAUUAAUUACAAUUUAUGUUCAAAUUGUUUCCUCCGUGGACACGUUAAUAAGAACCACAAAGAGAGUCAUCUUGUUCAUGAAUUUUGCUAUCCUGCAUCGGCUUGGCAAGAAACAAAGGCUACCAUGACUGCUAUUAAAAACAAAUUGCCCUUUGCUCGGUGUCCUCAAAAGUCGUACUUGAGUUUUGAUGAGGAAACUUUUUGUGAAAGUAUGCCUGGAAGUGCAAGAAAUUCAGUGAGAAAUUCAGUUGCAGUUUGUGGCACCUUGAAAAAAACCACAGGAGCUUACGUUAUUAGGGAGCUUACAAGUAUUAUUACAAAGAUUGAAAAUGAGAAGAGGCAAUGGCAUUUUUGUCAUUGGCAAAUAUUUACUGCUGCUGAAAAGAAAAAGAAAGAAGAUUUAGAAGAAAACAAAGACAUCAAUUUGAAAAACACAUCUGCAGAAACAUGUAAUUUUGAUACUCUUCAGUGCCUUGACUACAAUUUAGACAUACAACUUGGUAGAUUGAAGGAUUUAUUAAAGAAUUUAAAGACACCAAAAGCAGAUCCAAAAGAAACGGGAGUCAUUUCCCCAGUGCCUCAUGUUCCUUUUAGCAUGAAGGAUCAUUAUUUAGAGAGCACACCUGUAAAUUCUGCAGUGCUGCCUGAAGGAAUGAGUCAACAGUUUAAAAAUCUCUGCAUGUCUUCUUUAGACAGUACUGAAAAACAGAGAGGACACAGUUCUUUAAAUUUGUCUAGUGAUUGUGAAACAGCUAUUUCUGGAAAACAGGAAUUUGAUUCAUCAGCUGGCACUACCUCACCUCUGAGUCAGAAUCCUAGUAUAUCACUAGGACUUACUAGAAUUCUGAAUGGUUCUACUCCAUCCAACUUAUCAAUAAAGUUGGCAGAAUUUGAAGACGAUGCCAGCAAAAUAAGCCCUAUCUAUUUAUAUUCAGCUAGCGAAUUCAAUGAUACUACCGAGCAAAAGUUAUCUGGAAACAGCGUUUCCCGUAUCGUCAAUCCAGAAGAUUUGUCUCCGGUGAAAACUGCUAGCUCGAACUUUGUGUUUAGUCAAAACUGCAGUUUAACAGCAUCUCCUACGGCCACUAAAGAUGCACAAAAGUAUACCUUCAGUAAAAAUCACAGUUUAGAGGUAUCCCCAACAUUCAAGGAAGGAAGUUCGAAGUUUAUCUUCAGCAAAAGUGGCAGCUUAGAGUUUUCUUCAAAUAAGCAAGAGAAUUCAAAUUUUGCUUUUAACAGUAAUGGCAGCUUGGAGACAAUGGAACUGGAGUUGAAAGCUAUGAUUCAGCACUUGGAAGAUUUACUCCCACAAAUAUCUGUUUUAAGUAAUGAUUCAGUGGCAGAAAAAAGUAAAGUUGUCAGUGCAUUGUCGGAAAUGGAAGAAGCUGUACAAAAAUUAUCUCAUUUAUCAAUUGAAUUAUCAACUGGAAGUACAGAUUUAUGA